AUGAAGUUCAUACCCUCCCUUACCGGUUUCUUCGUCCUUCAAGGCGUUUGCGCCUCACCUCUCCCGGGCGACGCCCGGGGCAAGCCUAAGUGCCAGCACAAGGAUAAGUCUUGCUGUAACUAUGAGGACCAGUAUAGCCCCGACUACGCAGAUAACGAAUUCUAUGGCCACCGUCACACCAUAUAUGUCCGCGCCCACGAGAGUAUCCAGAGUGCCAUCAAUAAGGCCUCCCCCGGUGAUAAAAUCAUUGUUGUCGGCGGCGUUCACGUCGAGCAGCUAACCAUCUCCAAAGAUGGCAUCGAGCUCAUCGGCAAGGGUGCCAUUCUGGUCCCUCCUCAGAAGCCCAGCAAGAAUCAGUGCUCGGGCCUAAGUGGCCCCAAUACUGAGGCUGGCAUCUGUGUGCAAGGGAAAGGCAUCAAACUGGACAAGUUCGUCAUAGAGCACCGCAAGGUGCUGUCGGUAAAGAGGCCCGUCAAAGGUGUUUCUAUCAUCGGCUUCGACGUCCGCAAAUUCUCUGGCAUUAAUAUUGCCAUCGUCGGUGCUAGGAAUACCCACGUUAGUAAGAACACGCUCACCGACGGUGCCAGGUAUGGCUUCCUCACGGCUGGCUCGACCGAGACUCUAGUCGAGGACAACAAGGUCUCAUAUACGGGCCCGGGACUUCAGGCGAUCGCUAUUUGCAUGGACAACUUCUCCGAUGUUCAGAUCAAGAAGAACGAGGUCAAAAAUCACGGUGUCGGUCUCUGUGUCCAGACUAAUGGCGCAGACGUGCAUCAUAAUAAGAUCUCGCAGUCCUGCUAUGGUAUCUUUGUCGAUCCCGGCGUUACUCGCGCCAAGAUUCGUCACAACUACGUCGGCCCGAGUGACCCUGGCUGCCAGGACGCUUCCGGCAUACUCGUUGAUGGCGCAGUCGGUUCGAGAGUUAGCGACAAUGUUAUUGAAGGGCAGAAGAACAAGGGUACUGCUGCAGGCCUGGUGGUCAUUGACGAGGAAUGCCUCCCAACCGAUCCCUUAUUCGGCCUGUCUUGCCUGACUCUCGGGCGCAAGGCCAUCCCUUCAGACAACAUCUUCCUCCGGAAUACAUUCAAGGAUAACGAUGUUGAUAUUUUUGUUAACACGACCGGCAAGAACAACGAGUUCAGGUGUAACUCUUGCAAAACAUCGAACCUUAAGGGCCUGUGCGCAAAAUGA